UCAGGAAUGUGGGAGAUGUGCAUCAAAGCAGCUACUGGAUUAUUGUGCCAACAAGUAGUAAAACAAGCACAUUCACAGGAAUGAUUACUCUGUUGCCUUGGAAAUGAAGUGACUACCCUGCUGCUGUAAAUGUAGGGCAGAAGAUCAAUGGUGUGGGCAGUAUGGAGCUAAUGAAUGGGCAGUCGAGCAAUGUUAAUAUUGCCGCUACUGCUUCAGAGAAGAGUAGCAGCUCUGAAUCCUUAAGUGACAAAGGUUCUGCUGAACUGAAGAAAAGCUUUGAUGCAGUGGUAUUCGACGUUCUCAAGGUUACACCAGAAGAGUACGCCGGUCAGAUAACACUAAUGGAUGUCCCAGUAUUUAAAGCUAUUCAGCCAGAGGAAUUGUCAAGUUGUGGGUGGAAUAAGAAAGAGAAGUACAGUUCUGCUCCAAAUGCAGUUGCCUUCACAAGAAGAUUCAACCAUGUAAGCUUCUGGGUCGUUAGAGAGAUUCUUCAUGCACAAACUUUAAAAAUAAGAGCUGAAGUUUUGAGCCACUAUAUUAAAACUGCUAAGAAACUUUAUGAGCUGAAUAACCUGCAUGCCCUUAUGGCAGUGGUGUCUGGAUUGCAAAGUGCCCCCAUCUUCAGGCUGACUAAAACUUGGGCGUUAUUGAGCCGAAAAGACAAAACUACCUUUGAAAAGUUGGAGUAUGUUAUGAGUAAAGAAGAUAAUUACAAACGACUUAGAGACUAUAUUAACAGCUUGAAGAUGACUCCUUGUAUUCCUUAUUUAGGUAUUUAUCUCUCGGACUUGACGUAUAUUGACUCCGCAUACCCAUCUACAGGGAGCAUUCUGGAAAGCGAGCAGAGAUCAAAUUUAAUGAACAACAUACUUAGAAUAAUCUCAGAUUUUCAGCAGUCCUGUGAAUAUGAUAUUCCUCUGUUGCCUCAUGUCCAAAAAUACUUGAACUCAGUUCAAUACAUAGAAGAGCUACAAAAGUUUGUGGAAGAUGACAAUUACAAGCUUUCAUUAAAGAUAGAGCCAGGAACCAGCACCCCUCGUUCUGCUGCUUCCAGAGAAGAUUUAGUAGGCUCUGAAGUGGGAGCAUCUCCACAAAGUGCACGGAAAAAUGUUGCAGCUGAAGGAGCAUUACUCCCACCAACUCCCCCAUCACCUAGGAACCUGAUACCACAUGGGCAUAGGAAAUGUCACAGCUUGGGAUACAAUUUCAUACACAAAAUGAAUACAGCAGAGUUUAAAAGUGCAACAUUCCCCAACGCAGGACCAAGACACCUAUUGGACGACAGUGUCAUGGAACCUCAUGCCCCAUCCAGAGGGCAAGCAGAGAGCUCCACCCUUUCGAGUGGAAUUUCAAUAGGUAGCAGUGAUGGUUCAGAACUUAGUGAAGAGACUUCAUGGCCAGCAUUUGAAAGGAACAGAUUAUACCAUUCUCUCGGUCCGGUGACAAGAGUGGCACGAAAUGGCUAUCGAGGCCACAUGAAGGCCAGCAGUUCUGCAGAAUCUGAAGAUUUGGCUGUUCAUUUGUAUCCAGGAGCAGUUACUAUUCAAGGUGUUCUCAGGAGGAAGACUUUAUUGAAGGAAGGCAAAAAGCCUACCGUAGCAUCUUGGACAAAAUACUGGGCAGCACUGUGUGGAACCCAGCUUUUUUACUAUGCUGCAAAGUCUCUGAAGGCUACAGAGAGAAAACAUUUCAAAUCUACACCAAGUAAAAAUGUGUCAGUGGUAGGAUGGAUGGUGAUGAUGGCUGAUGACCCAGAACAUCCUGAUCUCUUCUUGCUGACUGAUUCUGAAAAGGGAAAUUCAUACAAGUUUCAAGCUGGUAACAGAAUGAAUGCAAUGCUGUGGUUCAAACAUCUGAGCGCUGCCUGCCAAAGCAACAGACAACAGGUUCCUGCCAACUUGAUGUCUUUUGAGUAAAAAGCUAAUUCAAAACAUGAAAGAGAACAAUUUGAUGAACUGUUUCUCAUCAUUUGAGCAUGACGUCCUGAAGAAAGUGUGCCAGCUAUAAAUUUAUUUUUGAGCCAGAACAGAACCUAAAGGCUCAAUCUCUAAACGCUGGAGUACUAACAGUUUGGGGAAUGGAUUCCCUUGAGUGAAAAAUGGAGUUGCAACAUGAACUGCCAUGGACCAUGCUUCUUAAUAUUUUCUGAACUGACCUGUGGAAACCACUGCCUUAAAGAGUGAAAGGAAAACCAACAUGCAACACCAAAUAGUGUGUGUGAAACUUAUGGCGGUGCUGUGCUUGGGUUAAAUAGGUUGUAGCUAAUUUGCAUUUCUUUUAACUUUAUACUAAUUUUGGGGGGGGGGGGAACCACCUUUUUAGUAUUCUUUAAAAAGGGUAUAACCAUAUUUCUUAAGGGUUGCAUCAACAGCUGGGUUUAGACUAAGGAUAUAGCGGUACUUACACAUUCUAGGGAUGGUGUUUAGACUAUACUAGCAGCCUUCAAUUGGAGCUUCUCUCAGGCUCACUUGAUCUGGAGCAUCAUUAAUUUUCUCAGACCUAGACUAUGAGAGCUGUAACAAAUGCAACGUUUUGUUUUGUUUUGUUUUGUUUGUUUGUUUUAAGUACUAAACUUGGUAACCUUAGUACUGUAUAGGAACCUUACUUCCUGCCAGUGGCACAAAGGCUGAGUGUGUGUACAGCACACUUUUUCUUGUAAGCAGGAUCGUGAUACAUGCUUGUCUAGUUCCUGGUUGAAGAAUAGUCUGUUUUGGGUUUUUUAAGUGGGAGCUGUGAGGUGUCAUCAGGUCAGAACUGAGUGUUUCCUUCCCAUUGUGUUUCUACACUGGUUACUUUCCUCCAUGUGAUGGUUCCACUACACAACAAACACUGGAUAUAGCUCACAGAGAUGUUUUACUUCUCUGGAAGGAUGUUCCCCUAGGUACAGUUAAAGGGAGGGAAAAGCAGAAGAUCCUCUCUCAGGGUAAAAUGCUUCAGAGUAUCAGUUUUAUAAGACCUCUUUUUUACGGUGUUUGAGAGACACAAUGUCAGAGUUUCCAUAUUUUCAUUUUGAAAAAAAUGGUUUUAAUUAUCUGUAUUGUUCAAGAUUUAGGAGCUUGAACUAUAUUUGCAAUUCCUAGAGAAGUUUAAUCUAGGAAAGAAAAAUAGGGUGGACUAGAUAAUCAAAACCUUUUUCCUAUAUAUGAGUAAUUCUUUGUCACUAAACGUACUUCCUCAAAAAAUUUAAAAUCCCAAACUGGAGGACAAAUUUGCUGUGUUCUGUGCAUUAAAUUUUCAUUCAUGCCUUAUUUUGGGUUCUUUUAAGUUACUUAAUUAUAGUCUCUUGUACACAAAGCCCUAUUUAACAUUCGGAACAUUGAUCUUUAUAAAUAUGGAAGAAAUUCCAAUAGUGUCCAGGAAAACUUCUUGAAAAAAUGGUAGAUAUUCCACUGAGAUUGUAAUUCAAAAGCAGUAAAUAAGCUUACAGGUGCACCCCUAGACUUCCUAAAACUAUCCAGUAGUCUG